AGCUGCUGAGGAGGAACCGGCUCAUUAAAGCUGAAGCCGGGAACAAGUGAGCGCGGCUCUUCCAGGUAUUAGCAAUGGCCGGACACUGCGGGAGAAGCACCUCUGCCCUACUGCGAGCCCUGCUGCAGGCUGAGAGCCGGCCGUGCCAUGCAGCGCUGAGGAGGAGAGCCAGCAAGCAGCAUGGACUGAGACACUUGAACUCCUGUGGAAUUCUGGCUUCACAAUGUACACGACUACCUCUACCAUCUCCAGUCCAUGUGCAGACCAGGUCCUUCCUUAACCUUGUGGCACCCAUAUUGGGGAGCAAAAGGAUAGACUAUACAGAGUCCAAAGUCUUAGGGUAUUCAAUAGAUCAGAUGUUUGACAUUGUUGCAAAUGUGGAAGACUAUAAGAUGUUUGUACCUUGGUGCAACAGUUCGAAGGUCUUGUCCUGCCGCAAUGGAGUGACCCGCGCUGAGCUAGAGGUGGGCUUCUCACCUAUCGUGGAACGUUACAUAUCUGAGAUAUUCGUAAAACCCAACCAUCAAAUUCGAGCUGUCUGCAGUGAUGGGAAGCUGUUUAGUCACCUUGAGACGGUGUGGAGAUUUGGGCCAGGAUUACCUGGACGACCGGACACUUGCACACUUGACUUCUUUGUGUCAUUUGAAUUCAAAUCUCUUCUCCAUUCUCAUUUGGCCACUGUCUUUUUCGAUGAGGUAGCCAAGCAGAUGGUCACAGCAUUUGAAAACCAAGCAGCCAGAACAUAUGGACACCAGGCCAUCUCAUUACGGGCAGCUAAGCGUCGAGCUGUGCAGUAACACAUACCUGGACUUUCCACUGAUAUCAUCGGUCCUAUGGAUCGGAGCACCAAAAAUAUACACCUUCAAAUCGGACCACAUCAAGACUUUGCACAAACCCCUCUUUAUUUAUAUCUAUUUAAAUGGGACGCUCAUACAUAAUUAACUUAUUUACAACAAAGGAACUUAUUUAAUAUUGUGCAGUUAUUGAUGUAAUAAAUUAUUAACCUUG